AUGAUUUCAGCAGCGACAGUGCACACGCAACAACGAUGCUUAAAUUGCGUGCUCUCCUCCAAAUCCUCCUCCUCGUCCUCGAGGAAAAGUUUUGGUGGUGGUUUUUUAUGCGGUGGCGACAGAUUCGGGUGGUCUCCUAACGGUCCUAAGAAUGGAUCUUUUGUGGUUGGGAAAAGUUCACUCUGCGUUUCAAGGAGAAGAGUAAAGACGACGCGCGCGUUGGUGAUGAUGGGGGUGCACCCAAAACCUCCUUUCGCCAUAAAAGCGCGAAACGCAAAAACGACUGCAUUUUCAUCUUCUUCUUCCUCCGUAUCCUCCUCCUCGAGCGUGUUGAAGAAUGAGUAUAAUAACAAAAGAAGGAAAAGAAGAGGCGAUUUGAAAACGAACGCGAUAAAUUUGCGAUAUUCGAUCGAAUCGAGUUUAAACACUCUGGCGAACUUGUUUCCACUGUGGAUUGUCUUGGGCGCUCUCGUUGGGCUUUUUAACCCAACUGUGGUCGCGCCGCUCUCGAAAUCGGAAAUCGUGACGCCGGCGUUGGGAAUCGCCAUGCUCGGCAUGGGCGUGACGUUGGACGAAGGGUCGUUGAGGCAAAUGCUCUCGGUGAAAGGGUCCGCGCGCGUGUUUCUCGGGUCUUUGUUACAGUUUACCAUAAUGCCGUUGCUCGGGUUCUUCGUCGGCCAGAUGUUCGGGUUGGAGAAGAGCGCGAGACUCGGGUUGAUUUUGGUCGGGUGUUGUCCAGGCGGAGCGGCUUCGAAUGUGGUGGCGUUUUUGGCGAACGCAAACGUCUCUUUGUCGGUGGCGUUGACGACGUUGAGCACGUGUUUGGCGGCGUUUGCGACGCCGUUUCUGACGAGCAAGUUGAUGGCGCCGUUGUUAGUAGCGGCGUCCAAGACGAAAGGCGCGCCGACUGGGAUCAUCGAGGUUGAUUCCAUGGCUAUGGUCGCUUCCGUCGCGCAAGUGGUGGUAAUGCCAGUUACCGCUGGAUUUGCGUUGAAGAAGGUCUUUCCGAGAGUUGCGAGGAUUGUGUCUCCGGUGUGUCCGUUGUUAGCCGUCGGCGCGGUGGCGUUAAUUUGCUCUUCGGUCAUCGGGAAACACUCCGAGGCGAUCUUAGGUGCCGGACAGGAUAUUUUGUUUGCAGUUAUCUGUUUACACGCGCUUGGGUUUAUGUUCGGGUACAUCGGUGCGAAAAUCUUCGGUUUUCCGAGUCGAGACGCGAGAACGGCGAGUAUUGAAGUCGGCAUGCAAAAUUCCGCGUUGGGCGUCGUGUUAGCCGCGGCACACUUCGCGAAGGAUCCGUUGGUGGCGGUAGUUCCCGCGAUUUCCGCCACCGUGCACAGCUGCCUCGGUUCUAUGCUCGCCGGUUACUGGAGGUUUAAAGACAGAGGCGGUGGUUCUUCGUCUCCGACAGCUUCCUCGCCCUCGUCCAUAGAUGAUGAUGGCGUGAAGAUUUAUUCGUUCUAA